AUGGUAUUUUAAUUAAGUAUUCUAUUAGAAAAAAGGAGUUAAAUAUGAUUGCUUACAUUAAUUGAAUAAAUAUUUGACAGCAUUUUUAACUUCAUUCUAUCUUACAUCAUUUUCUCUUGGUUUGAUUGUUUAACAAUUCUAAAAAUUAUUGUCAAUCAACACUUAAUAAAAGAAAUAACCCUUAUUAAAAAAGAUUGGAUUUUGA